GUCACAUGACCUGAAAAUGCCGACGCCUCAGCUGUCACCACAGGAAGAGCAGGAGAAGCUCCUUGAGGAGGCUCUCAGCAUUGUCAAAAACCAGUCCUUUCAGAUGAAAAGAUGCUUGGACAAAGGAAAGCUAAUGGAUGGUCUCAAGCAUGCCUCUACAAUGCUGGGAGAGCUUAGAACAUCAAUGCUGUCGCCAAAGAGCUAUUAUGAACUGUACAUGUCAAUUUCUGAUGAGCUGCGACACCUAGAGCUGUACCUGGUUGAUGAGUUUCAGAAAGGGCGUAAGGUUUCAGAUCUUUACGAGCUUGUGCAGUAUGCAGGCAAUAUUGUCCCACGUUUGUAUUUGCUUAUCACUGUGGGAGUCGUAUACAUCAAGACCAAUGAGUUAUCCCGCAAGGACAUCCUGAAGGACCUGGUGGAGAUGUGCCGUGGAGUACAGCACCCGCUCCGUGGACUCUUCCUCCGCAACUACCUACUGCAGUGCACCAAGAAUGUCCUUCCUGAUGUGGAGGUAGAAGCUAGUCAAAGCGAGUAUGAAGCCGGCACAAUUGGUGAUUCAAUAGACUUCAUCAACCUGAACUUCUCCGAGAUGAACAAGCUGUGGGUGCGCAUGCAGCACCAGGGCCACACAAAGAACAAGGAGAAGCGUGAACGUGAGAGACAGGAGCUCCGUAUCCUCGUGGGAACAAACCUCGUCAGGCUGAGUCAGCUGGAGUGCAUCGAUAUACAUAAAUAUAAGAAGAAUGUGUUGCCCGGAGUCCUGGAGCAAGUUGUCAGUUGUAGAGACCCGAUAGCCCAGGAAUAUCUUAUGGAGUGUAUUAUACAGGUCUUCCCAGAUGACUUCCACCUGCAAACCCUGACCGCAUUCCUCCGAGCAUGUGCAGAACUUCACGCCAGCGUCAAUGUCAAAAACAUCAUCAUUUCACUCAUAGACAGACUGGCACAGUUUUCCCAGAAUGAAGAAGGAAGUGGAAUUCCAUCAGAGAUUCAGCUGUUUGACAUUUUCUCUCAGCAGAUCUCACAAGUUAUACAGAAUCGUCAAGAAAUGCCCCCUGAGGACAUUGUUUCACUGCAAGUUGCGCUGAUCAACCUGGCCCUGAAGUGUUACCCGGACAAGAUCGUGUUUGUGGACAAGGUGUUGGAGACUACUGAGGAAAUCUUUAAUAGGCUCAACCUUGACCACUCCCGCACAAAAGGAAAAGGCCUGGAGCACGGCAGCCCAGUGUCUAAAGAGUUGAUGCGUCUAAUGAAGAUCCCAAUCGACACCUACAACAACAUUCUCACGGUGUUGGAGCUGCAGCAUUUUGGCCCGCUGUUUGAGUACUUUGACUACCAGAGUCGGAAAGUAAUGAGUUGUUACCUCGUCUCAAAUGCCCUGGAGAAUGAGACAGAAAUACCCUCACAAGAACAGGUUGACAGCAUGUUGUCCAUCAUCAGUGUGCUGGUUCAGGACCAGAAUGACCAACCGGAGGAAGCUGAUGACCCCGAGGACUUCGCGGAGGAACAGGGCCUCAUCGGACGAUUCAUUCACCACCUGUUUUCCGAUGACCCAAACAAACAGUAUCUUAUCCUGAACACAGCUCGAAAGCACUUUGGAGCUGGCGGAGACAAGAGGAUCCGCUUCACGCUUCCUCCAAUCGUAUUCUCUGCAUACAGACUGUCUCACAGAUACAAGGAAAGCGCAGAGGAGGAUGAGAAUUGGGAAAAGAAAUGCCAGAAGAUCUUCCAGUUCUGUCACCAGACCAUUGGUGCACUCAUCAAGGCAGAGCAGGCAGAGAUCCCACUGCGACUGUUCCUCCAGGGGGCAAUGGCAGCCGGCAGUAUCGGCUUUGAGAACCAUGAAACUGUGGCUUAUGAAUUCAUGUCACAGGCCUUCUCCCUGUACGAGGAUGAGAUCUCAGACAGCAAGGCCCAGCUGGCAGCCAUCACGCUCAUCACAGGCACGCUCGAGCAGAUAUCUUGUUUUGGGGAGGAGAACCACGAGCCCCUGCGGACUCAGUGUGCCCUGGCGGGCUCCAAGCUUCUCAAGAAACCUGAUCAGUGUCGGGGAGUGUCAACAUGUUCCCAUCUGUUCUGGUCUGGGAAAAGUUCCGCACAAGAAGGGGAGACACGGGACGGGAAGCGUACAACAGACUGUCUUAAGAAGGGCGUUAAGAUAGCUAACCAGUGUAUGGACAGUUCUGUGCAGGUCCAGCUGUUUGUAGAGUUACUUAACCACUACAUCUACUACUUCGAGAAAGGAAAUGACCAGGUGGGAAUCCAGGUGUUAAACCAGCUGAUAGCCAAGAUCAAGGAGACGUUGCCGAGCCUGGAGGCUAACGAGGAGACGGAACAGAUAAACAAACACUUCCAGAACACACUGGAACACCUACAGCUGCAGAAACAGGAAGGGGAUGGCGCUGACUAUAGUGAACUUGUCAUCUAAAAACACUAGAACAUCUACAGCUGCAGAAACAGGAAGGGGAUGGCACUGACUAUAGUGAACUUGUCAUCUAGAAACACUUCCACAAUGACCUUGACAUUGUCAUCUAGAAACACUAUAUCAUCUGCAGUUCCAAAAACUGCGAGUGGAUUGACUCCCUCUGGUCAACUGUGAUUUUGAUUGAUAUAGAAACAGAGUUUCAAUCCUGGGAAUUAACUGACCAAAUUGUGAAAUGGUCUGUAGAGAUCUGUUAUAUGUGAAGUAUGUUUGAAAUGUGUAGAGUACUGGUUAUAUAUAAACAAGUGUGUGUCUGUGAAGUGUUGAAUAACGGUGUUUUUUGAACAAGUAAUGGUUUAUUUAUCAACCAAAGAUCAAGUUAUGGGAUGAAAUCUACUGUAGUAUAACUGUUGUCUUCUAUAUGAGUUGAUUGUGUGGAUAACUAUGGCUAAAUCAGUACAUUUAGUUUAGUACAAUAUAAGAGUAAGAGGUGAUGAUAUAUACAGACAGUAGAUUUCAACUCUUGUUAUCAUAUCAGAUUGGUUGGUAUUUUUCUCAUGUAUAAUUGACUGCCAAGAAAUAUUUUCUUUAAAUCCAAGUUUAAAGUCUUAAUCUUAAUGUAAUUUGGAAUGCUUCAGAACUAUUGGUAUGGUUAUAUGUGUACAUUUGUUGUGCAAUAUUUAUUAUAAGUAUAAAAUAAACAUGAAGAACAAA